UUUGCCGCCUGGGCACGCCGCAAAGAUGGAGGCAAGAUGGGUCCAACUUCGCCUCGUGAUCGCGCACACCUGUUCGUGCGUUUACGCUUCCCAUACCCCGCACUCCAAGAAAACGCCGUCCUGAAUCUUCUCUUCUGCCGAGCGAGCUACGCUCCCCUACGUUAUAGCAUCGUCUCCCUAACGAUGAUCCCCUCCUACCGUAUGAACUGGCUAUAUAACGCGCCUCCGCUGCGCGCCACCCAAGCGCACCCGGCCUCACGCUUUGUCUCAAUUUCCCUGAAACCCGGUCGGCAGCCUCUUCAGGACCCGCGCUCGGCUCUACGGACUUCGCCUGCCCCCCGCUCGCGCUACGGGUCUUCGCUUCGCGUCUGGGCUUGUGCUCGCGGCUGCCAUCGCUCACGGGACCUGCUUUCCCCCUGCAUCUGCACAGGGUCCUGGGAGGAAGCCUCUGGCUGUAUAGCCGGGUCCUCGCGUCUGCCCUGUUCACGUGAGGUACGCCCGCGUUGGUCAGGAGCGCGCAGGCGUCUCUUCGGAGCCUGAUCACAGGUGCCAUUCGGCUGCAUCCGCUGCUCAAAAGGUCUCGUGCCGUGGUCUGAGGUGUUUCUCUUCUCCUUUUUUCCCUUCCCGUCGCC